UUGCGUUGAGAGAAACAUAUACGGAGCUAGGGUUUCCAAAAACAGCUCUCUCCUCCUUCUUCCUCCUCCUCCUCAUCCCACGUACAAAAAAAUUAAAUUUUAUUCCCGAAACGAAACACACGUAACCGUACGAUAUGGCUAUCUUCAACACUCACAACCCAUGGGCCUUUGCUUUCGGUUUACUCGGCAACAUCAUCUCCUUCUGCGUGUUCCUCUCUCCCAUGACGACCUUCUAUAGAAUAUGGAAGAAAAAGUCGACCGAAGGAUUUCAUUCGCUGCCGUAUGUGGUGGCGCUCUUCAGCGCGAUGCUGUGGCUUUACUAUGCUACGCAGAAGAGCGACGUCUUCCUUCUCGUCACCAUUAACUCCUUCGGCUGCUUCAUCGAGACCAUCUACAUCUCCCUCUUCAUCGCCUUCGCCAACAAGAAAGCUCGGAUGUUUACGUUGAAGUUGCUUCUGCUUAUGAACUUUGGAGGAUUCUGCUUGAUCCUCCUCCUCUGCCAAUUCUUGGCAAAAGGGUCGACCCGCGCAAAGAUCAUAGGAGGAAUCUGUGUCGGAUUCUCGGUCAGCGUUUUCGCUGCACCUUUGAGUAUUAUCAGGGUGGUGAUAAAGACGAAAAGUGUAGAGUUCAUGCCCUUUAGCUUAUCAUUGUCCCUUACACUCAGUGCUGUCGUCUGGUUUCUUUAUGGUCUUUCUCUAAAGGACUUCUACGUUGCCUUCCCAAAUGUGAUUGGUUUUCUUCUCGGUGCACUCCAAAUGAUCCUCUACGUGGUUUACAAAUACUGCAAAAGGACGCCGGAUUUGAUUGAGAAAGAAGUGGAGGCCGCUAAAUUGCCCGAAGUGAGCAUCGAUAUGAUGAAGCUGGGCACAGUAGCUUCUCCUGAGCCCGCAAUCUCAGUCGUCCGUCCAGGGAACACGUGUAACUGCAACAAUCGAACGGCUGAGAUUGAUGGUGGAUCGGACGUUAAAAACGGCAAGCAGUCCGCUAAAUAAGAGUGAGACGAUGCGUUGUUGACUUGUACUUGUACCCUUAUGUUCUGUUUGUACUCUUUUUUUUGGGGUUUAUAAGUAUGCGAAGCAGAGAAUUCUUACCCGGAAAUAUAUACAUUCUCGGAUGAUAUAUAUUUUCCGCAAUAGAUUUCUCUACGUCUUUUUAAUUUAAUGUAAUAUGUAUAUUUUCCAAUUAACGAACAAUUAUAAAUAAUAUUACCCGAUAAUUUAUCU